CCUUAAUACGCGCACGUUGCUGGGAGCGCAACUCGUUUCACUGCCAUUUAAGGUCGCUUGUCCCUGGUUGAAGAUGGUUUGUUAGGCAGUGCGUCGAGCUACUUGCUUACUUAACCAACCAGCAACUAAUCAUGGCAGCCGCGGAGGAAGCAAGCACCAGCAGGAAGCCUCAAGUGUACACCAACGCGACGGUGCAAGACUUCCUUGAGCGGUAUGAAGUCGGCGCAACAGUGGGUGUGGGAGGUUUUGCGGUCGUUAAGAAGGGGCGAGACAAGAAGACAGGCGACCCAGUCGCCAUAAAGGUGGUAGAUAAAUCGCGCUAUGCUGCUGGGGACAACUCGCUGGAGCGUGAAAUACAGGUCCUCCUCAAGGUUGACCAUCCUAACUGCAUCAAGCUCUAUGACGUGUUCAUCACACCUCGUAAGGUGUACCUUGUCACAGAGCUUAUGACGGGCGGAGAGUUACUGGACAGGGUUACUGAGAAAGGGAACUACACGGAGAGAGAUGCUUCGGCCCUCAUUCGGCAAAUCCUCUCCGGCGUGGCGUACUUGCACAAGCAGGGCAUUGUGCAUCGCGAUCUAAAGCUGGAGAACAUGGUUAUGCUAAACGAGCGGGACGACUCUCCCGUGAAGAUUGCCGAUUUUGGGCUCAGCAAAGUCUUUUCACCGGAAACGGUGCUAUCUACGAUGUGCGGCAGUCCGCAGUACGUCGCGCCGGAGGUGCUGGGCGUUGGGGACGGCCUGAAGGAAUACUCCCCGGCCGUCGACAUGUGGAGCGUUGGCGUGAUUCUCUUCAUUCUGUUGUCAGGAUACUCUCCGUUCGACGACGACAACGACGCUGUCUUGUUCGAGAAGAUUAAGAAGGGCAACUACGACGCGGACGACCCCAUCUGGGAGAGCAUCUCUCCGGAGGCCAAGGAUGUCGUCGCCAAGCUGCUGACGGUGGAUUCGGCCAAGCGCCUGACGGCAGACCAGGCGCUCGCACACCCCUGGGUGCAGGGCCGGACGCCUACUACUGCGGACGAGGCGACGAGCAAGCAGCUGCAAAGCACGAUGGACAAAAUGCGGAAUAUGGCUGUGAAGCGGGAUUCGUUGAGGAAGUCCUUCAUCGGUGACCCGAACGGGAAGCCUGCGGUGGCUAGCGCAGUGUUGGUCGACGACAAGGAUGCUGGGAAUGACCUAUCAGCGUACUUGUAAAAACGACGGCAUUGCCAACGCUUAAGGUCAAGAUGAAGACCACAGCGACACGACUUGCCCUCGUGAGAAGGGUGCGGCCAGGCGUGAGACCCCUUUUCUAAAUACAUGUAAAUGCCUUUGCAGGACGGCUGGGAUGUCUCUCCCCUCGCUUUAUCCUAGCCAGCUGCUUGGCCAGUGGCAAGGAGGUGUAAGGAUAGCCGUCACGAGUUCUGUUUUGUUUUUUUUAGCGUCCAACCCCCCGGCCAGGCUCGGGGAGUGCGUCAUGACGGACGGCAGUAGAAACGUUUUUGUGCUCAAGUUGUGUGGUUUGUGCACGAGUGGUGCGGGUUUACGCGGAACCUAAUCCGUUCUUCCCAGAGGAGCUGGAAUUGCUUUGUGAUGUGCAGGCUUGCGGUCAUGGCAUGUGACCGCGUGAUGUACGUUUUGUGGAAGCUGGCCGAGGUCGGAGGAUGCAUGCGAUGCGGCUGGAGGGGAUGCACUGAGGUGCUGGAACAAAUGAACGUUUCAAAGACAUCGUCGCUGUUUUUUGGCAUUUGCACGGUGUUAUAUUCUGCUCUGUGUCUAUGGAAAGGGCCGGAUUCUAGUUAGGGUUUUGGUUUGCGCGGGUGUUGUAAUGGCAUCGUCAUCGUUC